UGACGUCAAUUUGGUAACGGUCCUUCAUAAAAAUAUCACAACAAUGGUAUUAAUGUAAUUUCCACCUUCAACAAUGCCAUAAAUGAGGUGGCCCUUCAAUUAUGCAAUUUUCAAAAAUCAUAAAAUAAUAAAUAAAAAAAAUAAAAAAAAUCUUUUUAAGCCAAUGGAUUCACUGGGACGGAUUCUUGUAAGUUGUAACCUGCCGCUGUUUAUAUCCCCUUUCAAUUCCGCAUACCAUAAGCUUUCACCCACCACUUUAUAAACCCAUUCCUUCUCUUCUUUUUCUCUCUACUUUCUUCAAUUCAAUUCUUCUACUUUUUCGUAACAUAACCGUAAAUUUUCAUUCAUGGCUGGUUCUACAAAAAGACAUUGUUUCUUGGAAGAGGACGAUGGUUUGGCUUCAAUUGCUGACAUGGAACCGGGGUAUUCUGGUCAUAACCACUUCUCUUACCAACAUGGUUUUGUGUCUAGGACUUUGGGUUACGCUUCUUUUUAUAAUAGAGAUCUUAGGAACCUUUCGGUUUCUUCGCCAAGAUCUGGUAGAUUUUAUGAUGCUAGAUUUGAAGAUCAUCAACCUCAUUUUCUUGAAGCUUGUUUUCUUUGUAAGAAACCUUUGGGAAACAAUAGAGACAUCUUCAUGUACAGAGGGGACACACCUUUUUGUAGUGAAGAGUGUAGACAUGAACAAAUAGAGAUAGACGAAGCGAAAGAGAAGAAUAGGAAUAUUUCUUCUUCAAUGAAUGCUUUGAGAAAAAAGGAGCAAAGAAAAUCUGCAUCGCCAAACAAAGCACAGGAUUACUCCUUUCGUACAGGGACGGUUGCUGCUGCUUAAUAAUAAUUAGUUGAAAUUGAAACUUAAAGUUUCAAAAUAGGCUUUUUAAAAAAAAUGGAAAAUAGGCUUAUGAGUAAAAAAAAAAAAAAAAAGUGGAACUGCAACGGUGUUGUCGGAAAAGAAAAGAAAGAAAAACAAUAGAAGUGAAGUUCACAAGCUUAUUUUCGUUUUACCAUGGAGAAGGGUCAAGACAUAGAGAAAAGAGGUAUUCGAGAAAGUAAUUUUUCGCCACGAAGUUUGUAUAUGGUAAUACGUUUUGAGAAAAAUGCUACUUGUGGUUGUGGGAUCCUCUCUAGGAAUUGACCUUUUCUUUUUAAUAUAUCAACGGUUUGGUUUUUUUUUUUAAUAUUGGUUAUAUCUUUACUUGGAUGUAAUGUAUAGAGUAGAUUCAAAGUUUAAAAAAGAAGAUGCUGGAUACGAACAUAAA